AUGGCGAAUAAAAAUCCUUCAUCAUCAGGAAAAAAACCAGCAUUAACAGCUGAAGAACAACAAAAAAUUGUUUCAGGUUUUCAAACAUUACGUGAUGAACAAACACAAUUAGUACAAAAAACUCAAGAUUUAGAAAUGGAUUUAAAAGAACAUGAUCUUGUUCUUUCAACAUUAUCAACAAUAACUGAUAAACAACGUCGUUGUUAUCGUAUGAUUGGUGGUGUUCUUAUUGAACAUACUGUUGGUGAAGUUGUACCAGCACUUCAAGCUAAUCGUGAACAAAUUAAUAAUGUUAUUGAAAGUUUUAAACAAAAAACAGAAGAAAAAGCUAAAGAAUUAACUGGUUAUAAACAAAAAUAUGAUAUACAUUUUUCUUAUGAACGACCAACUCAACAACAACAAAUAACAAAAUCUGCUAAUAAUUCUACAGAUUCGGGAACAACAAAAAAAGAACCACAAGAUUCAGGUGUUUUAGUUGAAAAAGAAAAUUAG